UAGGGCCUGGGCCAGCCCCUCGCCCUCCUCCCGCCCCGGCACAGGCUGCCGCCGGCUCCGCGCCCGACGCCGAGGCCGCGGCGGCCGAGGGGAAGGUCGGAGGGAGGGUGGUUUCCUCCCGCCCCACACCCAGUCUCCGAGCCGGAUAUAUAGAGUGUCACGUUUGGGAGCCGAAAAGCAAGAGCAGCUUCCUUGUGGCCGGAGCACUUCCCGGAGCCCCGGGGGAAGGACCGGGACUCAGAGGACCACUCGCUGAGCCUGCCCCGCGCCGGAGGAGCAGGAACCACUUUCCGAAGCUAUAGAAGACAAGGGGAAGCGUCAUGUCCAUGAUUGCAGCUUUCUAUGGUGGCAAGUCCAUUCUCAUUACUGGGGCCACAGGCUUCUUGGGCAAAGUGUUGAUGGAGAAGCUAUUUCGCACCAGCCCAGACCUGAAAGUCAUUUACAUCCUCGUGAGGCCCAAGGCGGGCCAGACCCUGCAGCAGAGGGUGUACCAGAUCCUAAAUAGUAAGCUGUUUGAAAAAGUCAAAGAAGUUUGUCCAAAUGUGCAUGAGAAGAUCCGAGCUAUUUCUGCAGAUCUCAAUCAGAAUGACUUUGCCAUUAGCAAGGAGGACAUGCAGGAGCUUCUUUCCUACACAAACAUCAUCUUCCACUGUGCUGCGACCGUGCGCUUUGAUGACCACCUGAGACAUGCCGUGCAGCUUAACGUCACUGCCACCCAGCAGCUCUUGCUCAUGGCCAGUCAGAUGCCGAACCUGGAAGCCUUCAUACACAUCUCUACUGCCUUUUCAAAUUGUAACCUGAAGCACAUUGAUGAAGUCAUCUAUCCAUGCCCUGUGGAGCCCAAAAAAAUCAUCGACUCCAUGGAGUGGUUAGACGAUGCUAUUAUUGAUGAGAUCACACCCAAGCUGAUCGGGGAUCGGCCCAAUACGUACACCUACACCAAGGCCUUGGGAGAGAUGGUGGUGCAGCAGGAGAGUGGCAACCUCAAUAUUGCCAUCAUCAGGCCCUCCAUCGUGGGAGCGACCUGGCAGGAGCCUUUCCCAGGUUGGGUUGAUAGCAUAAAUGGACCUACUGGGAUCAUUGUUGCGGCUGGGAAGGGAUUUCUUCGGUCCAUAAGAGCUACUCCGAUGGCUGUGGCAGAUUUAAUUCCAGCAGAUACAGUCGUCAAUCUCACCUUGGCUGUAGGAUGGUACACGGCAGUUCACAGACCUAAGUCAACAUUGAUCUAUCACUGUACAUCUGGCAACCUCAAUCCCUGUAAUUGGGGCAAAAUGGGAAUCCAAAUCUUGGCAACCUUUGAAAAAAUCCCAUUUGAGAGAGCUUUCAGGAGGCCAAAGGCUGACUUCACAACCAACCACAUCACAAUGCAGUACUGGAAUGCAGUCAGCCACCGGGCCCCUGCCAUCAUCUAUGACUUCUACCUACGGCUCACGGGAAGGAAGCCCAGGAUGACCAGGCUCAUGAAUCGGCUGUUAAGAACCCUUUCCAUGCUGGAGUAUUUCGUCAACCGGAGCUGGGAAUGGAGCACGUACAAUACAGAAAUGCUGAUGUCGGAGCUGAGUCCCGAAGACCAAAGAGUAUUCAACUUCGAUGUGCGCCAGUUGAACUGGUUGGAAUACAUUGAAAAUUACGUUUUAGGAGUUAAGAAGUAUUUUUUGAAGGAGGAUAUGGCUGGGAUCCCAGAAGCAAAGCAGCACUUAAAAAGGCUCCGGAAUAUUCACUACCUCUUUAACACUGCCCUCCUCCUCAUCGCCUGGCGCCUUCUCAUUGCAAGAUCUCAGGUGGCUCGGAAUGUGUGGUUCUUCAUUGUAAGCUUCUGUUACAAAUUCCUCUCCUACUUUAGGGCGUCCAGCACACUCAAGGUUUAAGAACAUUUGGUGGUCUCCUUUGGUCUGGAACCUCUCAGAUACCUCUAAAACGGCAACCGUGGUUCUCAAGAUUAGGUAGUAACGAAUGUGUCCAAGUCAUUACCUGUCAAAUGUGCUGUCAUGUAUUCACCCUUAUUUCCUAACUACACAU